ACACAAGCACGCACAUAAAGGGCUCUUGACGGGGCACCGAAACGCAGACAAGCAGCUCGCCUGCAGUGGAAAACAAAACAGAGGUGGUCUGCAGCAGACAUCUGCACAAUGUCCGCCGCGCAGCUCUGAGGAGAAAACAAUGAAGCGCAAGAGCGAGAGGAGACGAGCGGAGUCGAGGAAAAAGCGCUGUGCAGCUCCCAGCAGCUCRGAGGCGGAGCCAAACUCUGAUAUUUACAUUGAGAUAACAGAUCAACUAUAUUUUGCCAUWCUUCAGCAGAAGAUCAAGAGCACAGCUGACCGACACUGUUUCAGCAUAGAUGAAGAGCUGGCAUAUGAGAACUUCUAUGCAGACUUCGGUCCCCUUAACUUGGCCAUGUUUUAUCGCUUCUGUUGCAAGCUGACAAAGAAGCUCAAGUCCRUUAGUCUCUCACGGAAGAAGAUCAUUUUUUAUACCUGUGGGGAUCAGAAAAAACAAGCCAAUGCCGCCUAUCUAAUAGGCUCAUAUGCAGUAAUGCAUCUUAAUAUGACGCCAGAAGAAGCCUACGGUCUGUUGGUAUCGAGGAAUUCCAUAUAUAUUCCAUUCAGCUGGUCUGGGGAGAACCGGAACGCUCAUUGCCUGCUACCUAAUGAAACAUUACCGCCUGACUGCUGCAGAAGCUAUCGCAUGGAUACGCAUCUGCCGACCAGGUUCUAUCAUUGGGCCUCAGCAGAACUUUGUUGAAGAGAAGCAGAACAGUCUCUGGGCGGAUGGCGAUGUUUGCCGGGAGAAAAUGCUGAAUGAACAAGAGAAUGGCAAACUGGCUGUGACCCGGAUCCUGUCUGGAGUGGAUGACAUAACCAUCAAUGGGAACAACAAGAACAAGGCAUCCAAGAAAGAAGAAAUAGAGCUGUACAAUGAUGAAGAGGAGAGAAAUGGCCUCACACAGGGAGAUAAACUACGAGCCCUGAAGAGCAAGAGGCACGCCAGGUCGUCUUCAGGGUCCCUGUCACAAGAAGAGAAUAAAAUACACACUCGGUCUUCGUCGCAGUCUCUUAGCAAGGUCAUUAUGCAGACCGGUGUGCAGGGUUGUAAGACCGGCAUCGGAUCGCUGGCUCUGUCUGACCACUCAGAGAGCAGGAAGAGGACCAGAACCUCGCUGCCAGCUAACGGAGCAGGAGGAAGCUCCCUGUGCCAAACCAGACUGGUCAGAUCUCUAGGCAACUUGCAUGUCGUGGCUGGCAGCAGUGACCCAAUGUGUUGUGAGCCAUGUGGCAGCCAUAGAGACAAAGGGCCCCUCAUCAACUUAAACACAACACAGGGCCACCUGCAGUCACUCCAUACCCAAAGCUAGAGCUCCUCUCCUCCGAUAAGCUUGUGGAUCUGGGAAUUCUGAUGUCGUCCAACACAUGUAUUCUGAUUUAUGACUCUUCAGUUUGUUUUGUUCUUUUUCAAAGGCCGGCACAACUUUUAACCAAGGCACUAAGAUGGAUUUUAUAUUUUUUAAACACUGCAUCAUGAAGUGAAGUUAUAAUCUAGUUGUUUGUACUUAAUGCAUGCAGUAGCAAAAGUCGGAUUAAACUACUGACAUGUCAGAAUCAGGAGAUUCCUUCGAAAAUGUGCAACAUUUUGAUUUUAUGCUUUUAUAGAGAAAAAUCUAUAGCUGCAAUGAGCAACAGUGAGUUCUGUAAAUAAGUAUAAAAAAAAUCAAUGUGUGCACUUGUACUGCCAUGCAAUAUGAUUUGUAUUAGUUUCAGCUGCAUUACUUUAAAGCUGUACAUAUGUCAACAUUAUACCGAGUUUGUAUUUUGUAAAUAUUUUGUACUGUUAAAAUCAUGCCAUGAAACGGUCCUGAUGGGGCCGUGUUUAAUUUUUGUUAAUAAAUCAAUAGAUAUUUGACUAAAGCAAAUAAAAUCAGAAUUUUUAAAACAUG